AUGAGCUUGGCCGCAAAUGCGGGGUCCGUGGUGGGGCCGCGGGGUAGCCUGACGCCGACGGGGCGUCGGGUCGUGAAGCGGAAAAUCGACGAUUCGGGGAAUGAAUCGAGUCGGAACGGCCGGUAUGCGACGCGAACGACUGCGAAAGCGACGCUGGCGAAGGAGGGCAAUUGCGCGACCGAUGCGAGGAGUGGAGCCAGCGACGGUGUUGAGGUGCCGGCGGCGGUCCAGCACGUUUCGGAGCUUCUGGGCGAUUGCCGCGCCGAGUUCGCGGGGUUCAAGCAAAUGAUCCGUGGUCAGAGCGAGCUGAUCCGCACUCAGCAAGAGACUAUUCAAAACCUGAAGGAGACGGCCGAGGAGCAGAGAAGCUUACUUUGGGAUCUGAAAGUCGCGCUGGAAGAGACGAAACAACAUAUGGGCCUGGAGCUGAAGCGGCUGAGCGACAAACUGGAAGCCAUCACGGCGCGCCCAUCCGUUACCCCGCCGCGAUCUUUCGCCGAGGUGGCGGGGUCGCAGCAGCCGUCGCAGCCCGCAACCGUGAGCAAGACGGCGGCCGCCCCUCUCGCCGAUUCGCUCUAUUGCACGAUCGACACGUCGCGAGUGGAAGAAGCGAACAGAGACCACGUGCAGGUGGGCGCUAUCCGACAUGCCAUCGAAGGAGAGAUGAGGGCCACAGAUGAUCAGGCAACUUGGUGGUGCGCGGCGGUCGUGAGGGACGCCCGGGCAGCGGAGCGCAUUAAAGUAAUCUGCAGAAACGAAAACGAACUGAAGACAGCCAUCGUGGGUGCAAGAGUCAUGAGGGACCAGCUCUACCCAGUGAAGGUGGACAAUGCGAACAGGACCAUGGUGGUGGAUGCAGAAGGGAAUGUGCUGCCGGGAGCAGCCGAAGCUCUUGGGGCGGAGAACAAUGUCAACAUCGCCAAGGUGUCUUGGCUGAGCAACAAGCAAUCGGGAAAAGCCUACGGUUCGAUGGUGGUCUAUGUCACCAAGGAAAGCGACGCGAGACGGCUCAUCGACGGCCACUACUUUGACCUGGCCGGCGAAUCGGCAAUCACAAACGUGUUUGAGCGACGGACGGGGCCCGUGCAGUGCUACAACUGUCAGGCCAUCGGUCACAAGUCGUUCCAGUGCAAGAACGCGCAAGUCUGCGGAAGAUGCGCGAUGCCGGAAGCGAACUGCAUCGUGGACACGGGACCCUAA